UCUGUUUCUGAGCUGCCGCUGGCUCCUCUGCCACCCCCACUCCCACCAUCCUGCACUAAGAAUCCAAACUGCAAGAUCAUGACCUUUCGUCCAACCAUGGAGGAAUUCAAAGACUUUGCGAAAUACGUUGCCUACAUGGAGAGUGAAGGAGCUCAUCGUGCAGGUCUGGCCAAGGUGAUUCCACCUGAAGGUUGGAAACCUCGGAAAUCCUAUGAGGCCAUUGAGAACAUGGUGAUCCCAGCCCCCAUCUCUCAAGUGGUGACUGGUCAGUCUGGUCUAUUCACCCAAUACAACAUCCAGAAGAAAUCCAUGACAGUGGGGGAGUAUCGCAAGCUGGCAAACAGCAAGAAGUACUGCACACCUAGACAUAAAGACUUUGAUGACCUAGAGAGGAAAUACUGGAAGAACCUGACUUUUGUGUCACCCCUCUAUGGCGCAGACGUUAGUGGAUCUAUUUAUGAUGAGGGCAUUGAGGAGUGGAACAUUGGCCAUCUAAACACACUGCUUGAUAUGGUGGAGCAGGAGUGUGGGAUCGUCAUAGAUGGUGUGAACACUCCCUAUCUGUACUUUGGCAUGUGGAAGACUACCUUUGCCUGGCACACUGAGGACAUGGAUCUCUACAGCAUCAACUACCUGCAUUUUGGACAGCCCAAGUCUUGGUAUUGUAUCCCACCGGAGCAUGGCAAGAGACUAGAGAGACUGGCACAAGGCUUCUUCCCUGGUAGUUCCCAAGGGUGUGAUGCUUUCCUUCGCCACAAGAUGACUUUGAUAUCGCCAUCCAUUCUGAAGAAAUAUGGUAUUCCCUUUGACAGGGUUACCCAGAAAGAAGGGGAAUUUAUGAUAACGUUUCCAUAUGGAUACCACGCUGGCUUCAACCAUGGCUUCAACUGUGCUGAAUCCACAAAUUUUGCCACUCUGCGUUGGGUUGACUACGGCAAAACUGCUACUCAGUGUUCUUGCCGCAAGGAUAUGGUCAAGAUCUCCAUGGAUGUUUUUGUGCGGUGCCUCCAGCCCGAUCGGUAUCAACUUUGGAAGCAGGGAAAAGAAAUCAUAGCAUUGGACCACUCAAGGGUCACGGAGCUGACAUCCCCAGAAUUGGAGCGCUGGAGACAGAAUCGUGUCACAUAUAGAGCCAAACUUCUGCGGAGAGCCAUGCAUAAAAUGAAACUGUUCCGCCGUCUUAAAGUUGACGAGGUGAAGGUUUUGGCAGAAGAGGGCAUUGAGGUAAAUGCUGCUGAAUACCAACGUCAAGUGGAAGAACGGGAAGCCCAACGGAAGCAGGAGAAAGACGAGCGUCUUGCCAGAGUAGCCAUGAUAACCCUUGAGGCUUUAGAACGUAAGGAACUGGAGGCUGCAGAAGCUGCUUCUAGAGCUGAAUGUUCAGCUGAAGACGGUAAGAAAGCAAAGAAUUUUCAAGAGCUUAGAUUUUUUUUUUUGGUUUAGAUUUAAAUAAAUCAAUGUAGUUUUCCCCCAUUUAUCUUUGCCAGAACCUGAGUCCCAGCACAGAAAAAUACAGCAAUCACUGGAUUUCAAGAAGCAUUUGAACAAUUUGCUGCAUCACGGUCUUUCACCUCCAAUAAAACUGUUGCUCAGCCAAGUUACACCCCGCUGAAGAUGACUAAAGUUAAGAAGAGCCGACGCCACCCCCUCACCAAACCACCCAUGCGGUCUCCUUUGUCCGUUGUCAAGCAAGAUCAGACUGGUUCCAAAGAGCUCUCCUCAUCCUUGGCACUGAAAAGCAGCAUGGAGAAACAGGAGCACCUCUGGCAAAGUCGCUCCCGCAAUUUCUUGGCUGAGAAGGCCUUCAAUUCUGCUGUGUCUAUCCUCCAGCCAUACUGUGCUGUCUGCUCCCUCUUCUGUCCAUAUUCAAAGCCAAUCACUGAACCAGUCAAACUAAAUGAUGGCCAACAGCCCUUCACACCUCACCAUGGGAGUCGAACCCGCCCAAUAGUCCCUGAAAUGUGCUUUAGUGUUGGGACAGGCAGCACUGAACCUCUUCCCACUAGCAACUACAUUGGGGAGGAUGGAACCAGCAUCUUGCUACGUUGCUCCUCAUGCAACAUGCAGGUUCAUGCCAGUUGUUUUGGUGUCAACCCAGACACUGUGAAGAAUGAGUGGACAUGCUCCAGAUGCAUGGCAGGUGCCUGGGGAGUGGAGUGUUGCCUCUGCAAUUUACGGGGAGGAGCUUUGAAGGUUACCAUCGACAACAGGUGGGUCCAUAUCAUCUGUGCCAUUGCAGUGGCCGAAGCUCGUUUCAUCAAUGCCAUUGAGAGGGAGCCAGUAGACGUCAGUGCUGUUCCAGAAAAACGAAAAAAUCUGGUAUGUGUCUUCUGCCAUGGCAAGAGUGACAAUAAAAACCGCGGCGCAUGCAUCCAGUGUUCUGAGGAGAACUGCGCAACAUCUUUCCAUGUUACAUGCGCCCAAAUUGCUGGAGUUGUCAUGAAACCAGCUGACUGGCCCUACGUUGUGUCUGUCACCUGUCACAGGCAUAGAACAGUUAUUCUAAAGCCACGUACUCCAGUCAAAGUCCAGUCAAAGGGCCCUACCUUGGGUCAAAGGGUAAUAGGCCGCAAUACGGAUAGCUGGUAUUACCAUUGUACCAUCAUCGGCAUUGCCACACAAACCUUCUACGAGGUCAAUUUUGACGACGGCUCAUACUGUGACAACAUAUUCCCGGAAAACAUAACCAGUCACAACUGCCUCCGUAGAGGUCCUCCCGAUAGUGGAGAGUUGAUCGUUGUCAGCACGCUUGACGGUCAAGACCUCAAUGCUUCUUUUGUCAGAGAACACACACACAAGGUCUUCCAGGUUGAGUUUGACAACAAAAGUCAGCAGUUGCUUAAACAGUCAGAGAUCCAUCUGUUGGACCAGGAACUGCCAAAGAGGGUCCGGACUCGUCUUGCCAUACCUACGUCCCAGGAGGACACUUCUUCAUUGCAAGAUGGAGCCGGAGCAGCCAAACGCCGCUGCCUCCCCUCCACCUCUACCCUACACACCAACGCCCCCGCGGCAACGAUACCCCCACCCCAGCCGAUUCUUCCUGUAGCAGCACCGCCGUCGACGCACGUGGGCAUCACGAGUACUGUGGCGGCCUCGCAAGUUCGUUCCACCAUCAGCACGAGCUCAUCUCUAGCGUCCGCGCCCCCCAAUGUUACUCCGAUGCUUCCUGGGGCACCGAUGGGCACAGGCAGUGCCUUGUCCCAUGUUUUGACGAAUUUGAACCCGGACCCCGCGAUAACAAGCCAUUCGGCCCCUUUCCAGUGUCAAUUGAACUCUGACCCCCUUUUAUCAGCGCAGUCCCCUGCUCCGCUUCCGCCCACACCACUGCCCCCGACCGUGCAGAACAUGUUGGACAAUUACAUGCCAAGCAGCGGCUAUGUCUCCUACAUGGAGACCCUCCUUCAGUCACAUUUUCCCCAGGAUGAGGGCCAGUUUUAG